UACCUUUUCAAACGGAUCAACGGUCAGCCAUCCAUAGCCAAACAAUCACCUAAUUCUUCUCUGCUGUUUCAUCUUCUCUCUCUCGACAAACAAACAUGCCAAUUUACUGUUAAUGGAGGAACACCAUUACCGAGAAUCCGAUCGGAAGCCAUGGAAGAAACCUCAAUCGAAAAAGGCGAAUCUGAAACCGACCAGACUCCGACGCAAUUCGACGAGAAAAACGACGAUCUGUAUCGAAUCACACGCGACGUCGAGCAAUUCAUCCAUGAAUUGUCCGACAAAGCGUCCGGCGCCUGCGCCGGCGCCGGCGCGGUGCCUGACUGCGUUCAAGAUUUCACGGAGAAAUUGGAGACGAGGAUUCACAGCUACAACUCAGGCGAAUCGGGGAGAAUCUUCGGUAGAAAUUUAGAUGAGGAUGCGGUUUUCAUGGAGGCGGUUAAGCGAAUGGGUAAAUUGAUGAAGGCGGUGGGUGAAUUUGGGAAUUUGGCUAUGGAUAACGACUCGUUGAUGCAUCAGAUGAACGCCGUGCUGCAAGGCGCGUUGGUGUUCUUAGGGGAAGAGUUCCGGACGCUUCUAGAAGAUUCGAGCUGCGAGAUCUGCGUCGUCGCGGUUGAUAAUCAGAAGAGCAGCAACUUCUUCAAGCAUUCCUCGUUCGAUUCGAAGCACCACCACUCCCGCUCGAAUUCCGGCAAGUGCGCCGACGAUUACCGCGCCUAUCCGCCGGAGGUCGCCGCGAAAUUGGCCGGAAUUGCGAGCACGAUGAUCUCGGCGGAGAGGGAGACCGAUUGCAGUCAGGUCUAUACCUUCGCUAGGCGGAAUGCGAUUCGGAAUUACAUGGCGAAGCAAGGAUUCGAAUUGGAGGUUAACUCCGACGAUGUUGUGAAACUGCCAUGGGAGUCUCUGGAGAAACUGAUUUCCCGGUGGAUCACCGUCGUCAAAGCCUGCUCGGAAGUUAUCUUCCCGGAGGAGAGGAAGCUCGUCGAUUCCAUCUUCUCCGAUUCGCCAAAAAUCCGCCGGAGUCUGUUAGGAAACAUCGUCAGCAUCGUCGUCGUCCAGCUCCUCGACUUCGCCUACGCUUCGUCGAAGACGAAGCGCGCGGCGGAGAAGCUUUUCCGGUUCCUCGACAUGUACGAAUCGCUCCGUAAUCUGGUCAAAUCCAUCGGCUCCGGCCAAUCGCCGCCGCCGGAGUCGUCCAACGUCGACGAGGACACCGACGCCGACAACAACGAGGUGAUAUCCGAAGUCGUCUCGGCAACUGACCGGAUCGCCGAGGCUGCGGCGAGCAUAUUUUGCGACCUCGAAAACUCAAUCAAAAGCGACGCGACGCGGACUCCGGUCCCCGGCGGCGCCGUGCAUCCGCUAACGCGUUACGUGAUGAACUACCUCCAAUACGCCUGCGAGUAUCGCGAGAGUUUGGAAACGAUUUUUCAAAAGCACUCACAGCUCAUCAAAUCGCCAAACAUUUCCGACACCGCCACCGGAGAAAAAGAAUCCGAGAGCCCCCACGGAACGACUCCGUUUGCCGCCCAAGUCAUCGUCGCGCUCGACUUGCUCGACGCGAACCUCAACGACAAAUCGAAGCUCUACAAAGACGCGUCGCUCCACAACAUCUUCCUCAUGAACAACGGGCGCUACAUCCUCCAAAAGAUCCGGAACUCGAACGAGAUCCGGCGCGUCGUGAGCGACACGUGGUGCCGGAAGAGGUCGUCCGUCGUGCGCCAAUACCACAAGAACUACCAACGCGAGACGUGCAACCGCGUCUUGCAAUGCCUCAGCCCCGACGGGGUGGUCGGCGCCAACGGGAAGGCGAGCAAGACGGUGCUCAAGGAGCGACUGAAGACGUUCACGACCGUGUUGGACGAGAUACACAAGACGCAAAGCACGUGGGUCGUCAACGACGAGCAAUUGCAGUCGGAGCUACGGAUAUCGAUCUCGGCAGUCGUGAUCCCGGCGUACCGAUCGUUCAUCGGGCGGUUCCGCCACUUUUUAAGCGAGAAGCAAGUGAAUAAGUACAUAAAAUACCAGCCUGAGGACGUGGAGGCGGUGGUCGAAGGCCUGUUCGAGGGCCACGCCGCCUCCACGCCCAAGAAGAAGCCGUAGCCCGGAGGUGUUGUGGGUGCGUUUGGUUGCAAGUUGGAUUAAAAUCAGAUAAUUUGAGAGGUAUAGUUGAAAGUUCGACACAACAUUUGUUAUUGUUUAUUGUAAGAAAUAUGUAAUUGUUAUAUGAAGUUCAAGUUGUUCAUACUAAAAAAUGUAAUGUAAAUUAGUUCAAUAAGUUUCAAAAGUUGCAAUGUAACAUCAAAUUUAGUUUUUGUAAUU